AUGGAGAAAGAAAGUUGUGUGUGUGAAGUGAUGGAUCCUCUCGCCAACUAUUGGGGUCUCUCCCUCUUUCCCCAAAUAAUAUCAUCUUCUUCUGCUGCUGUCACUGCUUCUUCCUCUUCGAAGCCCUACGAUCCCAACUACGAUCUGGACUGCAUCCAUAACCAUCUCCGAUCCACGUUGAAGGCUGUGAUAUGUGAAAAUCCUGGACUGUUUGACUCUGAAAUCUCGAGUGAUCCAGCAUGUCAUGAAGAAAAUGAUAAUCCAGCAUGUCAUGAAGAAAAUGAUGUUGUUGCUGAAGAGGUUUUGGAGUUUCCUCGAAAACGGAGACCUGCUUUAGGCCUGAAGCGUGCUCGUUUCUCUUUAAAGCCAACUAAAAUUCAAUCUGUUGAGAGUUUGAUACCAAGGCAGGACCUUGAUAAACUGAAAGAUCCAGUGGAAUUCUUCUUGGCCCAUGAACGGCUAGAAAAUGCAAAAAGAGAGAUACAGAAGCUGACGGGUGUGUCACUUGAGUCAAAUCCGUCUGAUACUACCACUAAGCCGCGACAACGUCGACCAGGACUUUCAGGGAAUAAUGAGAGGCGGGUCAAAUACAAGCAUCGAUAUCCAAAAGAAACUUUUGACAAUAACAAUUAUGGUCCACCCUCUCAAGAGGCAAGUGAAUCUGUUUGUCUUGAUUCUGUUGGUGAGAGCGCAGACGAAGGUGGAGCUUGUAUUACUCCGCUGGAAAAUGAAGAAAUUGAUUCACCUGCUAUUGAAGAGAACAAGACCAGUGACGUACUGGAUAGAUUGCUUCAAUGCAAUUCUGAAGAUCUAGAAGGGGAUGGAGCAAUGACUCUCUUACAGGAGACUUUACAGAUCAAACCAAUUGCUUUAGAGAAAUUAGUUGUUCCUGAGUUCCCAAAUAAUAGCCAAAUUCUUGAUAUGAAAUCAUUGCAUGGGAACUCAUCAAAGCCAAGGAAGAGGAAACCUUUGUCCAAUCUCGAUAAUUUAUUGACAGGAUUUAAUAAUAGGACGCCUAUUAGACAGGACAUAGGAUGCCUCUUGCAGCAAUCAGGUUCACCUACCCCGCCAAGAAGUCCAUUUGCUCUAUUACCUUUGUUGCAGCAGCACAUUUCACGCACAGAGCCAUCAGUGGAUCCAUUUGCAGCUGACAGAAGUGAUCCUUUAUCCAACAGAACAAAUUCUCCAGUCCCUCUGAUACACCAGGAGCCCAAUCUUAUUGCUUCUGGGAAGCUGUCAAAUGUACACUCUGCAAACAUAAUUGAUGAUGGUGUUGCCAUCAGUAAAGCAAAUUCAGCAGGUGACACGGUCAGGAAUGGCUCCAGUUCUUCUGGAGAAUCCAAGAAAGAUCGUUCUGGGAUGGUACCCACUAAACUGAAAAAAUCCUUAUUUGAAGAAAUAAUUGCAACAAAGGAGACACAUUCAGUGGAAGAGACCGUCAGAGAUUGUGCUACUACACCCCAAAAGUUCGUGGAGGAUAAUUCAAGGCAACCUCAGCCUGAUGCUAAUAUUGAGUCAAAAGGACCUCAUUUUGGCAUGGAAGUGGAUAUUGAAGACAGUGAGAUGCAUUCUGUUGAAGACACCAUUAGAGAUUGUGCUAGUACACCCGAAAAGUCUCUGGAGGAUAAUCCAAAGAAGCCUGAGUUUGAUGCUAAUAUUGUGUCAAAUGGUCCUCAUGUUGACAUGGAUGUGGAUAUUGGAGACAGUGGUAUGAAUGUGCUAGUACACUCUGCAAACAUAAUUGAUGAUGGUGUUGCUAUUAGUAAGGCAAAUUCAGCAGGUGACACAGUCAGGAAUGGCUCCAGUUCUUCUGGAGAAUCCAAGGAAGAUCGUUCUGGGAUGGUACCCACUAAACUGAAUAUACCCUUACUUGAAGAAAUAAUUGCAACAAUUGAGACACAUUCAGUGGAAGAGACCAUCGGAGAUUGUGCUAUUACACCCCAAAAGUCCGUGGAGGAUAAUUCAAGGCAACCUCAGCCUGAUGCUAAUAUUGAGUCAAAAGGACCUCAUUUUGGCAUGGACGUGGAUAUUGGAGACAGUGAGAUGCAUUCAGUUGAAGACGCCAUUAGAGAUUGUGCUAGUACACCCCAAAAGUCUCUGGAGGAUAACCCAAGGCAGCCUGAGUUUGAUGCUAAUGCUGAGUCAAAUGGUCCUCAUGUUGACAUGGAUGUGGGUAUUGGAGACAGUGGUAUGAAUGACAGAGUAGGGAUGCCAAAUAUUGAAACAAAUGGACCCUGUGAAAUCGAGGAUGACGCAGAGAAUAUGCAGGCACAUGCAGCUGCUGUGCCAUCAGAUGAUUCUAAUAUUAACCUGGUGAAUCCUCCAGAUCAGUCAGACACCACUGGGUUUCAAGCCAAUGAUUGUGAUAAAGAUUCCAGAAGAUCAGAUGAUGGUUCAGAACAAUGUUUACAGGAAAAGACAGAUGGUAAUUCUUUGCCUGAUAAUAGACAAAGGAGAGAUAGGUGUUCGAGAAAACAACAUAUAGAUAGAAGUCUUUCUCGGAGGCAGUCCCUUGCAGCUGCCGGUACAUCAUGGGAGGCUGGACUAAGGAGAAGCACCAGGAUCAGGACAAGGCCUCUGGAAUAUUGGAAAGGGGAAAGAAUGGUGUAUGGUCGCGUACAUAAUAGUUUGGCCACUGUCAUUGGGAUUAAGUGCAUUUCACCAGGAAGCGAUGGGAAACCCACUAUGAAGGUGAAAUCUUAUGUAUCCGAUGAACACAAAGAUCUUUUUGAGCUGGCUUCUCUAUAUUGAAAGUAUACGAGUUUAGUCGAUUUAUGUUUUCGAACGUCCUAAUUUUACUUUGCUCUUGUAACAAAGAGGGGAGAAUGUAUACUAUCUAAUUCGCCUUGCUACUAUUACAAGAAAGACCUUCCCUCUUCUCAAGUUACCCCUCCCCUUUGUUGAAACACUAUCAUUGGGAAAACGGACAUGUAUAAAUGGAUCUUAACUUGUUAAUUGCACGAUAGUCCUGUGUUUUCUUUUAUUAAACCAAAGUAUAUUGCUUUGGAUUAGAAGAGAUCGAUACGUCUUAUAAAGUGAAGGAUUAUAUCGUUUUAUCAUUUAUUUUUUUGUUAGAAGUUAGGUGAUCUUUGGCGAAAAUUGACAGAGACAAACUUGGAUAUUUUUUUUCGGAAUUCGAUCCUUUUAAUUUUUUUCACUUGAGUUUAAAAUGUCAUCUUUCACCAUAUAUUCUAUAAAUGAAACUAAGAAAGAAAUGAGAGAUAAAAAAAAUUAAAAAAUUAGAAAUUACACUUUACACAUUUAAUUAAAAAAAAUUAAGAAAAUACAUCUCUAUUUGUUUAUAGUGCCAAAGCAGUUUAUCUGCCUUGUCUUGUGGUCACCCACUAAAAUAGGGAGUAGGUUAGCAGUUUGUCAAAAUUAUAUGGGUUAAAUAUGUUCGGUCUAGUGGAGCAAUACCUAUUGGUCAAUGAUAAACUCUUAAAUGAAUCAAAAUUAUAUGGGUUAAAUAUGUUUGGUCCAGUCGAGCAAUACCUAUUGGUCAAUGAUAGAUUCUUAAAUGGAGUUCAGUUCUGCGAGGAAUUAGUUUUUAACCAGUCGAAUUGAAAAAUAAAAAAGAAAAAUAUGCCCUCUAAAUUCUUAAACCAAAUUCACCAACACGCCCUAAAAUUCUAGGAAAAGCAGUAAUUUGAAUUGAAUGAAAACAGAAUUGCAAAUACUUAUGAGUAAUACUGGGAUUGGUACUUAUCAAGAAUGUUGUGUUCCCCCAGGUACAAAGCAAGAAUGAAUUUGUCGUCCCACCAUCUACUAUAAACUUUUCCAUCUCACAUGGAAUUUAUUCCUCAACAAUAAUUACAUACACCGACUGACUAUGCAGCAAAACGAAGUAUCAAAUCAAAUCAUAAAUACAACAACUUCACAUACUCCAUCACAUUAUUAUUACAAUAUCCAAACAUACGCAUACACCUUCACAUCAAGAAACGAAAUUUAACUUUAAUUGAUCUUGAUCAUCAUCACAAAUCAUAAAUUACACCUUGCUAAUUAAAUAAAUUAACAAACCCUUGUGUAGUCACCGCAAUUUUGGUUCGAUCCACGACCAUUUCUGGAAGACAAGCAGCUACGGUAACCUUGAUUCCGAGGACAAUCAACAGAAGGACCGUUUCUGUUGCUGGUUUUUCCGGUCGUUGACUGACUCACAUCGUAGAGCAUUCUUGCAGCAUGAGAACUCAUCAAGAAUUCUGACUCCAAAUCGGUUCCAAUAAGGCAAUCAUCGCCACCUUCACAGUAGUUUCCAUAAGAAGAAGAACUGCAAAGGAAGAUGAUCAUGAAGACCAGUGCCAGAGAGAAACCCUUAUUCUUCAUUUUUUCUUAUUGAGGAUGGCGAUGAUUAACAACUUUGUCGGCAGCUUUAUUUGAUGGAAGAGAAGGACAAAGGAGUGUUGUGAAUUAUUGAUACUAUUUUGUGAAUUUGAACGAGUCUUGUUGGAGUAAAAUAAGAGAGGAAUCUUUUUGCAACCACCACUAUUGGUAGAGUGGGAAGUUUAAGGGAAGAACAAG